AUGCUUACCAAUGGCCUCCUCAAAGUUCCGCGUCCCAGACCUAUUGACAUUCGCCAGGCUCACGAACAAGUCUUCAGUGUCAAACCAUUUGUUCCUUAUCAUUUCUCUAAACCCUAUACUUGUGGUCGUGUACGGGCGUUGUUAAUUGGCAUUAAUUACUUUGGUAGUGAAGGCGAACUAGGCGGGUGCAUUAACGACGUGGUUACGAUGUUGAAAACACUGGAGCGUAUUCAAUUCCCUAUUACUGAGUGUUGUAUUCUCGUGGAUGACCCUGGGUUUCAGGGGUCGAUGGGCUAUCCUACAAGGGAAAAUAUAACAAAGUAUAUGGCAUGGUUAACUCAUGAUGCACGUCCUGGUGAUGUGCUUUUUUUCCACUACUCCGGCCACGGUGGUCAAUGUGAGGCCGAGGAUGACUCCUUUGAGAAUUAUGAUCAAUGCCUGAUUCCUGUUGAUUUCGAUACCGCGGGUAGUAUUCUGGAUAAUGAUCUUUUUUAUCUCUUAGUGAGUCCUCUCCCUUCCGGAUGCCGCAUGACAUGUAUUUUUGAUUGCUGUCACUCAGCCUCAAUGCUUGAUUUGCCUUUCAGCUUUGUCGCGACAAGGGACAUGUCCUCAGGGCGCCAAGGAUAUACAAUGAAGUGUGUGCGAAACAACAACUUUAGCCAUGGGGAUGUCGUAAUGUUCAGUGGCUGUACAGACUCUGGUACUAGCAGUGAUGUUCAUAACCCAGGGAGUGAUGCGGGUGGCGCAGCAACCCAAGCAUUUACUUGGGCUCUGAUUAACACCACAAACCUCAAUUUCAUGAACAUUCUUUGUAAAACGAGAGAUCUUCUGAAAAGUAAGGGUUUCAAACAAAUACCUCAACUUACAAGUUCGAAACCCAUCGACUUGUACAAGCCCUUUUCUCUUUUUGGCUCUAUUGAAGUCAAUCAGCGUCAAAUGUCACUGAUACCGCAGCAUUUACCACCCCCACAUCUAUACCCACCUCCACAGCAACAGUAUAUACCUUCACAGCAAUACCCACCUCCACAAGCAGAAUGUGUACCCCCACAGCAUUGCCUAGCUCAACGGCAACAUUAUAUACCUCCACAGCAAUACCCAUCUCCACAACCACAAUAUGUACCCCCGCAGCAAUAUCUACCUUCACAACCACAAUAUGUACCCCCGCAGCAAUAUCUACCUUCACAACCACAAUGUGUACCCCCACAGCAAUAUCUACCUCCACAGCAGUUCCAAUCAAUCCAAGGAAGUUCAUCGCAUCCCCAAGGGCAAAGCGCUGCUAACCAAGCCCCAGACUCCAAAAAGCCUAAGCCAAAGAGAUCACAAUACCCUUUUGAGUUCUAUAGUAAAAAAUAA